UCAAUAGGGUUUUCUGCACCACUCUCGUUGCUGUACAUGUGGAACUUAGGGCGGGUAUUUCUUUGCAAGUAUUAGUCGCUAUUGAAGGAGUGGGUUUUCUUAGGUUUUGUUUGGUUUUUAUCUUUCCUGCUACAGAAGUCGAAGAUUAACUAUCUUUCAUAUGGAAUGAGAGGUUGUAUUAGAUAUAUAUUCUUCUAAGUAUCUUUUCUUUUGUUUUGCCACACACGGUAGCUCACGUGUUAGGUUUUGAUGGGAGCCUGGGGAGGGUCCCUGCUAUUAGUUUCUGUCCUAGUGAAAUCAGAGAACUUGUUUCCAUAUUUACUGUUUAACAAUUCAUUGUUUCUUGCUUGGUUUUCUUCCAUCAUUUAAAGUGAUUCUGCGACAGACUUGGUACGAUGCAAAGUGCUUGCUUUCGUCUUUUCUUGUGGUAAUGAAGCAAUAGAAUACUACAUAAGCUUAGUCUACAAUCUCCCCGAGUUCCUGUGGGGGGCUUCCUUGUACCUGCAUGUUCGGCCACCCUUGAUGUAGAGAACGCAGAGGGUUUACAUCUGGGGCUCUACCGUUGUAGUUUCCUUAGCGGGUUCAGUUGGCAACCGUUCCCAAGAUUCCCUCUCUCCUGACCUUUGUCAGUUGGUUUACUUCCCGUGCUACACCCCUCAUCGAUGCAACUGGUUCAUUUCGCAGUUUGCGUCAUGGAUAAUCGACGUGCUAUUUCCCAGCAUAGAGUGGACUCCAGAAUAAAAUUCGAGAGAUCUCCUGGCUUUAGUGGCCAUGGGUUGAGAGGCUACAUCGGCAGCGACUCUUUUUCAUAAUUGUGUGCCUCUUUUUCACACUCUGACCGAUGGACUGUGAGAAGUUAUCCAGGGAUGCGUGCAUGAAUGCCGUCCAGAAUAGUGACGUCUUGCGGCGGACUGUGGCUCAGGAUAUAGUUGAAGAAGGGAGCUGGGGUGAUGUGCGUUUGUGGAAUGCCUCCGAUCAGCAAGAUCCCGAAGCGAAAGUUGGCCACGACCCGGAUUGGCAAGGGUGGAAAGGUCAACACGAAGCUUUUAACGACAUGCUGAAACCUCAAGUAACCAACUCCCGUAUGGAAGGCAUUGGUGAUGGCAUUCCUGUCUUUCUGUCGCCACAAUUGACCGUAGAAGAUUUAACCUGUGAUGGAAAAUCAGGGGAUAGCAACGAUGCCGCAUUUUUCAGCGUCUCGGAAUUGGAUGUGAUUACCAAGGAUGGUGUAGUGCCUUACUCUUUGUUGGUCGGGACGGAGAGUAAAAAUGAAUGCAAUGGCGGAGUUAGCGAUGAGCGAAAUUCGGUUCGAAAAUCUGGGGACACUACUGAAUUUGCUGAAUUGUAUCCUUCAGGUUACUCUUCUGACAAUGCAGAGGACCUCAGAACCCAGCAGCUAUACGUCCAGUUAAGUCGAGAGCCUCGUAGUUGUAUUGCUGGCGUUUCCGCUGUGCCUAUUUCAAACCAAUCCAACAAUUUGGAGGAUGGUGUCGCAUGCGAUGUCUCGACCUCCUCCCCUCCUGUUUGUGAAGCUCAAGAAGGUCAAUGUGGUACAGGGGAGGCAAUAGCUGUUUCGAAAGUGUGUGAGAGUGGUGUAUCCUUCGUAGUGGCGCUGCCACCAACCGAGGCUACAAUUGAGAUCACUGAGCGUCAACGUGCAGUUCAGUCCUUUGAGAUUGUAGAGGAGGGUUCACGCUUUUCAAAUGUGAAUAUUGAAGAUAAUGGUAAUGUAGCGAGCUGGCUUCAAGCUCCUCAGGCUCGUGGGAAGGCUCUUGUGAGACGGGGUAGGCCACGUCCAUGGUCUGCCGAAAGUCGAGAGGCGACACGCAAGAGGGUUAAGAUCGAUGAGCAGUACGGUGAUCCAUCACCAUGUAUGGAGUUGACGAACGCUUCAUUACAAGAUGGAAUCGCAAAAUCAGAAAGUGCCGAUCAGGCGCAUGACUCUACGAUUCUAGAACCGUCCUCACUGGCCGGCAUGAGUGCAGAGCCUUCUGUUUUCGAUCUCCAUGCUGAUAACGAACAGACUCCUAUUUCAGUGACGAUGGUCGGGAGCGACGUGGUUGACAGAAUAGAGAUCCCAGUAAAAGCAGAAGAGAGAUUCCCGAGGGUGACUCGAUGUGGUGGCAUUACUCUGCACGGAAAUCAGUGUACCCAUAAUGUGAAGGAUGGCUCUGGAUUUUGUGUGAAACAUACGAAACAUAUUGAUAUCGAAUACAGUCAGAAAACAUAUCUGGAUGGUUCAAGUACCUCAAAUAGAGGAGUUAUGUAUACUUCACAUAAACCUGCAGAUAUGAUUGUUUUUCGUUGCCGUGGAAAAACCCUUCAGGGUACACAAUGCACUCAUAAUGUGAAAGACGGGGCAGCAUACUGCUUGAAGCACGGGGAUCAGGAUUGGGGACCUCCUCCCAAACGUACUGAGUUACCUGGACUUGCAAUUCCACAGGACAGACCUGUUCAAACUCUUGUACUUCCUGCUCAAGUACCGAAUCCAACAAUUGAUCCAGUUCCUAUUCAGAUGCCGCGUCUGCUCGCCGCACCUGCAUCUCCGAAGGAUAAUGACGAUGGUGCAGCCGUUCCUCGAUGUAUCGGUCGAACUCGCCGAACCGAGGAACAGUGUUCAUUUAGGCCUAAGUCUGGUUCAUUGUUCUGUGAGCGACACGCUCGCCAGUUUCGAGAGAAGGGAAAGGGAGAUCACGAAUUGAAGUUUGAUGCGCUGUGUACGAGUUCACCAAGCGCGAGUCUCUCUGCGAGUGCUUCGUUAAAGAGGAGGCGAUGUCAGGAGGGCCUGUACUUGGGAGACAUGAGUAGCACAGGGGAGAGAAAAAGUUUGUCUAAAGCAAAGGAUAUGUUCAUUGACAUUCUAAAUGCUGGACUACUACGCGGGAAAGCUGUAAGCACAGAUGGGAAGGACCUUAUCGGAUGGAUCUGUGAAGAGGCAACUAAGGAUGCAGUAUCUGGAGAAACGCUUCUUGGCCUUCUCUCCGAGGAGAAGGAGAGACUACGUAAGGUUCUUAUAGAGGAGCGUAAAUGUUUAGCAACGAUGAAGCCUCGUCAUUUCUGGCAAACAAAAUACUCUCCACAUCUUGCAAGAACGUAUCUAAAGAUGAUGGACAAUGGGAACGUUUGCGCUAAGGAUGAUGAGUAUAAGUUCCAGACAAUUGCAUCAGGUCGUUCACCAAGCGACGCAAGUGAAACUUUUGAAUCUUGUCCAUCCUCUGUUCAGAUGUUGAGACAAGGAAGUAAUACCGCCAGGGGCACGCUCGCAUGUGCUCUUUGCACCGAAAAGUUUGCAGAGAUGCCCUCUCUAGGGAAGCAUUGGAAGGAAGAUCAUAAGGAAGAGGCUAAUAUGUUUCAGAAAGGGGCAGCAUGUUGUGAAUGUAGACAGAACUACUACGAUAGAAGGGAAUUGCUUAUGCACUGGAAGUCUACCCAUCCUACACUACCAAUUGGUGACCUUGGUAUGACUGUGUGCGUGAUAUGUGACGAGAAGUUUAAGAAUUUUGACCUGCUAUGGUUGCAUGUUGAGGAUCAACACUUCCUUGAAUUUAGUAGCGCGAAAUUUGUGGAUCACGUAAAGGAGGGCAUGUCAAGAGCAGGAAAUGCGUUGAAGUGCACAGUGUGUUGGGAAGAGUUUGAUAUAGAGUUGGAGGUUUGUAAUCAUAAAGGGAUUGUUCACAAUGGCCUUUCGUCUUCAGAUGUAUGUGGUGUUAGUGACUCGCCUAUUGCAGACACUAGCAGUGUCAGAUCCACUGUCAAUGGCAGUGAAGCGAGCCCCGGCAGAUUCAAGUGCAAGUUCUGUGGACAGAGAUUUAAACUUUUACCAGACUUGGGAAGACAUCAUCAAGCUGAGCAUCGAAAAUCUACUAGUAAGGUUUCCCCAAAUAUGGAAGGUUUGCAAAUUGUGGAAGCAAAGCUGCCACCACUUGUUAGGAGAACUCCACUACCUAAUCCAGCAACAACCAGCUCACCUCCUGGCAAGAUGCUACCUUUAUCAGAGCUGUGUACACCUCGACCCAGUUUUGAAAUCGCCAAGCAAGUUGAGCAGCAGAGUUCAGUAUCUGGGGCAGUGGGGUGGUCAUGCCACUUGCCUGUUGUAGCUCCCCAGUCCCAACGUUUUAAUUUCAGGCACUUAAAGACAAUCGCAAGAGAGAAAAGAAAGCUAGAUGAGAAGAUUGUCGGUGGCCCAUCUGUACCAGCACCGAUUUUACCAUCGGUUGUACCAUCUGUUUCAGUGGUGUCCAAGAAACGGCGGCGGCGACGAAAGAGAAUGGAAGUCCUGCAGGAUAUGAAGUUGGUUCCUUCGAAGAGAAAGCAAGGAGGGUUUGCCAAGCAUAUCGUUCAGCGUAUGAGGGCAGUACAGCAGAGUCAGCAUGAGCGACAUGGGUCCAAUGAACCAUUAGUAGAUGCCAAGACCGUCUCUAAAAUUCCAUCUCAGCGAGUUUUAAAUGUAACUGGAUGGCCCACGAGUGCUGAGAUGCUUAAUGCUGCUCGUGUUGCAUGCUGCAAAGACUUCAUGUACAGAGAAUUAGCAAAGAAGCAUACCAAUUUACAUCAAAGUCUUCACCUUCAAGUUAUAGCUCUAUGUUCAGCAAUGGGAGUUGACAUUCAGUGGCAGGCAGAUGCCUUUAUUUGUCCCAAUCAAUGUUCACCCUUCCAUGCUGCGGGUGCAGCUGCUCCACUUUUGGAUGUUGACAUGGCUGGAUUUUCUGAAGCCCCUUUCAAAGCCCAAGCUGGGCCAACACUUCUGAAGACUAUCGAUAUGAAAGAUUUUAUGAAAGGAAAGCAUAUGGUGAUCCAUGAGGAUUUGAGUAAUGGCCAAGAACCAGUACCAAUUCCAUGUGUGAUUGAUGAAGAUCUUUUAAGGCCCUGUACAUGUGCCAAUUGUUGUGAAAAUGGCAUAAACGCUGCUCUGGAGGUUGCCGAGCCGUGGAAAACAUUCAGCUACAUCAAUAAAAGGCUGCUGGACCCGUCACUAGGUCUCGAUACUGAGAGUUCGAAACUUGGAUGCGCAUGUGGAGAAGGUAGGUGUGAUUCUGGCCACUGUGAUCACGUCUUGAUGUUUGACAAUGACAACGGGGAGGCCUGCGACAAGUCGGGAGUAGCUAUAAAAGGUCGAUUCCCUUAUGAUGCUCAAGGCCGAAUCAUUCUUGAGGAGGGUUACAUGGUAUAUGAAUGCAAUUCUAGCUGUCUUUGUCGGGAAGACUGUCAGAACCGUGUCUUACAAAAAGGAGUUCGAGUGAAGCUUGAAGUGUUCAAGUCGCGUCACAAGGGUUGGGCUGUUCGGAGUGCACAGCCGAUUCCUUCUGGGACCUUCGUGUGUGAGUAUAUAGGCGAAGUAGUCAAUGAUCGGGAGGCUAACCAGAGAGGCGUAAGGUAUGACCAAGAUGGUUGCAGUUACCUUUAUGAUAUCGAUGCACACCUGGACAUGUCGAUCUCUCGAGCUGGUGCAAAACCGUUUGUGAUUGAUGCUACUAAGCAUGGAAAUGUCGCUCGCUUCAUCAACCAUAGCUGUGCUCCUAAUCUGAUCAAUUAUGAGGUGCUGGUGGAAAGCAUGGACUGUCAGCUGGCCCACAUCGGUUUCUUUGCCAAUCGAGAUAUUAGUGCAGGGGAAGAACUUGCAUACGAUUAUAGAUACAAGCUACUCCCAGGAAAAGGUUGUGCAUGUCACUGUGGUGUAUCGACUUGCCGCGGGCGUUUGUACUAGAUGUAUUCUAAUUUAUGUAGAACCCAGACUGUAGGAAUCACAGAUAUUUUGUUGUGAACAAGACCAUAAUAAACCCUAACCCUAAACCCAAAACCUGGUCUUGUGUACUUCAGCGGAAUAUGCAAUUUUGUGUCAAUAAUAGAUGAUCAGGUGUUGGGUUUCAUGAAAUAACUGUUCAUGUACAACCAUCAACACAAAUAUAAAAUUUGUGCCAUCAAAUAUUUGUCGGUAAGGCUAGUAAAAUUGCAUUCCUAGACUAAGAUCCUCAUGCAUUUAACCUUGUACUACUGCUAGAGUUUCCGUACCUAGGAAUUAUGCUUGAUGGAAAUACCAACAACGUUGUCUGCAUUUUUGUAAUUUUGUUUUUAGUGGAAUCAUGAAUCUAUGCCUGAAUAUUUUGUA